GUGAUAACCCACAAAAAUCGUAAUUCUUCGAAGCUUGUUCUUGUUCUUGGAGGUUCAGGAGGUGUUGGGCAGCUUGUUGUAGCAUCUCUGUUAAAUCGUGGAAUCAAAGUGCGUCUUUUCCUACGUGAUCCUCAAAAAGCAAUGUCCUUAUUUGGUACACAUGAUGAGGACACCCUACAGGUUUGGAAAGGAGACACACGAAAUCAAGAGGAUCUGGACCCUAGCAUGUUUGAGGGAGUCACACAUGUGAUCUGCUGUACUGGAACGACAGCCUUUCCAUCAAGACGUUGGGAUGGAGAGAACACACCACAAAGAGUAGAUUGGGAGGGUGUUCGUAAUCUCGUAGCUACACUGCCUCCAACACUCGAGAGGUUUGUGCUUGUAUCAUCUGUUGGUGUCACUAAAUCUACUGAGCUACCUUGGAGCAUCAUGAAUCUUUUUGGGGUUCUAAAGUACAAGAAGAAGGGAGAGGAUUUUCUUUGCUACUCUGGUGUUCCCUUCACCAUAAUUAGAGCAGGGAGAUUGACUGAUGGUCCAUAUACUUCAUAUGAUCUGAACACUUUACUGAAAGCGACUGCAGGGAAACGCCGAGCAGUCCUUAUAGGCCAAGGUGAUAAACUUGUUGGAGAGGUCAGCAGACUUGUAGUGGCUGAAGCUUGCAUACAAGCAAUGGAUCUAGAAUGCACAAAGGGCCAAAUUUAUGAAAUCAACUCUGUAGAGGGAGAAGGUCCUGGAAGUGAUCCCGAGAAAUGGAGAGAACUUUUCAGAGCUGCUUAUAUGCAAUAGUUGGAUGUGUAAGAAAUGUGUAUCCUAUCUGUUAACAAUUCUCUACGAUUGAUCCAUUUUUAAAUUUCUCCAUAUUUGUUUUCCAACCAACCAUAAUCUGAUUCUCCCAGAAUUGAAUCUUUGUAUAUGAAUGUAUGUAAAGGCGGCCAAAUUUUAGAUGACUGUAUAUAUGAUGAUGAAAUUCAAAAAAACAUUUUCUUGUAGGAAAUUUUAAGUUGUAUUUGUUUAUAAUCAUCC